CACACACUCACUCUAUCUCCCUCUUUCAUGCUCUCUCCCUCCCUCUCUCUCUGUCAGUGUCAUUCUGUAGUGGAGAUGUGGAGUAUCUUUCUGUCUCUCUGUUUGUUUUUCCAGCCUAAUUCAGCUGAGGAAGUGAUGCUGCUGGACACAACAGAGUCUACCUCAGAGCUGGGCUGGACCACCUAUCCAGACACAGGGUGGGACGAGGUCAGUGUCCUAGACGACCGGGGUAAACUCAUACGAACCUUCGAGGUCUGCAAUGUCAACCAAAAUCCCCGUCUGCAAGACAACUGGCUGGCUACGCCCUUCCUCUACCGCCACUCUGCUCCAAGGGUGUUUGUCACGUUGCGUUUCUCGGUGCGUGACUGUGCCAGCCUGCGUUCACCGUCACCCACCUGCCGAGAGACACUCACCCUGUUCUACAAGCAGGCUGACACCCAGAGAGAGCUCGAGAGAACCUGGGUAGCUGAGCCAUCCACCGGAGAGAAAGAAACCAGGGAGGGUUGGGUGAAGAUCGACACCAUCGCAGCUGAUAAGAGUUUCUCCAAAGUGGAGCCCAGUUCACCUCACCAGUAUCAACCCAACAGAUACAACCGAAUCAACAUCAAGACACGCAGCUUUGCACCUCUCACACGAAAUGGAUUUGUCCUGGCCAUCGUCGACAGUGGAGCCUGUGUUUCCCUCAUGGGUGUGUCUAUCUUCUACCGCCGCUGUCCGGCCACCAGUCUCUACUUGGCUUCCUACCCGGCGACUCCCUCAGGGGCAGAACCGACCGCCUUAGUUCCUGUGAGCGGGACAUGUGUCCCCCACAGUAAAGCACAAGGUGGCACGCCCCCUCGUAUGCACUGCAAUGCUGAAGGGGAGUGGAUGGUUCCUGUCGGAGGAUGUGUCUGCGAUGAAGGCUAUGAGCCCAACCUCAAUGGAUCUGCCUGCUUAGCUUGUCCGGUGGGUUACUUCAAGCCCAUCUCGGGGUCUGUUUCCUGCUCGGUGUGUCCUUCCAACAGCAGAACCAGCCAGGAGGGAUCUCGUGUGUGUGAAUGUCGCAGCGGCUUUUACCGGGCAGCCAAUGAUGGCAACUCCACUGCCUGCACAACUCCUCCAUCUGCUCCUGUCUCUCUGUCCUGGGAGUACGAGAGCGGGGACGGUGGGGUGUCCUUACGGUGGCGCCCUCCAGUGGACAUGGGAGGACGCAGUGAGGUGUGGUACGGGGUGGUGUGUCGCAUAUGCCCGUCAGCCACCGUCACCAACCAGGCGUUGUGCUCCUGGUGUGGGGAGGGUGUCACCUUCAGCCCCUCCCAGACAAGCCUGAAACAAACCAAGGUCACCCUCAACAAUCUGCUGACCAGAGUCACUUAUCUCAUACAGGUGCAAGCCAUGAAUGAGGUGUCAGCUUUGAGUCCUUUUCCAGCUCGAUACACAAGCAUCAAUUUCACUACGAGCCAGUCAGUUCCCAGUACAGUUCCCAUGAUGCACCAGUUGAGCCGAGCCCCAGACUCAAUCACUCUCUCGUGGCCUCAGCCGGACAGGCCUAACGGUGACAUCCUGGAGUAUCAGCUUCGCUACUAUGACAAGGGUUCAGAUGUGGACAGCGCAGCGAGCGUGUACAGCGAGACCAACACAGUGACCGUCAACUCUCUGAUUCCCGGCUCCAUCUACGCCUUCCAGAUCAGAGCUCGAAAUGAACGGGGCUACGGCCCUUACAGCAACACCAUCUACUUCACCACGCUGCCUCUGGAGGAACAUUCACAGCAGAUCCAGAAUCGACUUCCUCUGCUGGUCGGGUCAGUGAUGGGUGGAGCAGCGUUUCUCCUGGUGGUGGCAGCGAUUGUGGUUGUGGUGGUAUAUCGCAGUAAGAGGAGGGAGAGUCCGUACAGUGACAGACUCCAGAGGUACAUCAGUAACCGAGGUGGAGUUAAGUAUUAUGUGGACCCAUCCACUUAUGAGGACCCCAGUGAGGCUGUCAAAGAGUUUGCUCGUGAGAUAGAUCCCACUCAUGUCAAGAUUGAGGAGGUGAUUGGUGCAGCCCAGUUUGGGGAGGUGUCCCGGGGCCGUUACCGUCCGUUGGGUCGCAGGGAGGUGCUGGUAGCGGUGAAGACUCUACGCUGGGGUGCGUCUGACAGAGAGAGGGGGAUGUUCCUUAGUGAAGCAGGGGUCCUGGGGCAGUUUGAUCACCCCAAUGUAUUAAAGUUGGAGGGCGUGAUCACUCGUAAUCCACCCGAGAGGAUCAUCACUGAGUUUAUGGAGAAUGGGCCUCUGGACGCCUUCCUCAGGGAGAACGAAGGCCAGUUCAGCGUCCUCCAGCUUGUUGGGAUGCUCAGAGGAAUCGGUGCAGGGAUGCGUUACCUCUCUGAGAGAAACUUUGUCCACCGAGACCUCGCGGCUAGGAACGUGUUAGUCAACUCCAACCUGGUCUGUAAAGUGUCCGACUUUGGCCUGUCCCGACUCAUGAGGGGCCUGGACCACAACAUACCCACAUACACUGCAUCACUGGGCAGCAAGAUUCCCGUGAGGUGGACGGCACCAGAAGCCUUUCAGCAUCGCAAGUUCAGCUCAGCGAGCGAUGCCUGGAGCUUCGGCAUACUUAUGUGGGAGGUGAUGUCAUAUGGAGAGCGUCCAUACUGGGACAUGAGCAAUCAAGAAGUGAUGAAAGCUGUAGCAGACCAGUAUCGCCUCCCUGCCCCCCACAACUGCCCCCCUGCCCUGCACUCCCUGAUGCUUCAGUGCUGGCAGGCUGAUCGAGGGGACCGGCCAGCCUUCGACUCACUCCUGUCCUCCUUGGAUCGGCUCAUCAGGCACCCCGCCUCCCUCAAGGCAGAGCCAACACGAAGCUGCUCUCAGCCGCUGCUCAGUCCCACCCCCACAGACUUUUCGGCAGUGGCAACAGUCAGUGAUUGGCUCAAGGCGCUGAGGAUGGAGAGAUAUCAGGAUGAGUUUGAUCAGGCUCACCUGGAUACAUUAGACAGAGUCAGCUUGCUCACCAUGGAGGAUGUCCAGAAUCUCGGGGUGAACCUGCUGGGACACCAGAGAAAGAUCUUCAGUGCAGCACAGCAGCUCAGGGCCCAUCUGACGCAGGGGCAGGUGGAGGUGUGAAAUCCACCUACAGUACAACGUGUGCCAUGGAUUUCUGUGGUUUUUACAUUCCUCUGCUUGUUGUGUCUGGUUUCUGUAACAUUCAUUUCGAUGGAGCACAAUUUAAGCCAAAACUGAAAGAAGAAUCAGCUUUCAGGUGUUUUUUCUGACAAACCCGACACGACAACCAGAAGAAGAAGAGGAUCGGACCUCCUUCCAGUCACUCAAGUGAAUAACACAGGAGAGAUGCACUAUGGGAGCUGCUGUCCAGAUCGAAGCGAGGUUCAGAAGUUGCUGAAGAGAAGGAGGACUUCCUCGAUGUUUUUCACUAGAUUUCACUUUGUUGUUGUCUGCCUUCUUCUCCUCACCCGUCUGGAGUCCUACCUCUCACCUUCUCUUCCACUACCAUCCCAUCCUGAAACUUUUCCAUCAUUGAGUCAAAAAAACCCCGAUAAAAAAUGUUUUGUUCUUUUUUUUUGUUAAAAUACUCAUGGAGAUCUCUCCACACAAAGAAUUGCGUGAAGACAAUCAAAGCCUUUUUGUAAUAUGUUUUGAGUUGUUUGUAAAGUUAUAUCACUUCCUCUCUACUUAAAACACCAAAUGCUAAAAAAAGAAAUCAGUGUACUACCUACGGUAUUACAAUUAGCUUUCAGAAACAUGUAUAGUUUGUUCAGUGUUCCAGCAAAAUCAGUUCUGCAAAUUCUGAUGUUUGAUAUGAAUCACUGUUAUGAAAUUGGGAAACAAAAAGAUGUUUUUCAAAGCUGUUUGACCCUCUUUAAAAGACAUAUCCAGGGUUUAGGAGCGGCCCUGUUUUGUACAGUUCACUCUCUACUGUACUGUGAUACAAACUUCACCUCAGCUGCAAACACAAGCCGUCCGUCUUUGAUGAGGACAGAACCGAACAGCACCCACCUUAACCUGUACAUUUCGCACUUCACCUCUUUUUGUUUGAUUGCCAGAGUAAAGACACUGAGUCGUUGAAUCGUUGUGAAUGUGCGAAAUGGGAAAGAUGGACAAAAUCUGAGAUCUGAUUUACACUUGAAGGAAGGAGGCUCUGUAAGUAUGUGUCUGUAACGUGUGCGCUGUAAAUGAGGCUGUGUUAAUGUGUACAUCAGGUGUAUGCUGUACAUGACGCUGUGUGUGUGUGUGCGCGCGCGUGUGUAUGUGUCCAUGUGUGUGAUUGAGACAAGUGUGUCAGGCUACGCACAUUAUUAGCUGUGUUUACUUGUACAAGUGUUCACCACUACUCCAUAAUUGUGCAAAUUUGUAAAAUAAAUGAUAUGAUU